CCACAGGGUGAAAUUAUUAUGAUUGAAAGGUGUGUCUACAAAGUGAAUAUAUAUAGUGGGCUGGAGAACCUGGACAUCUACAGAUCCUGAUACCAACACACCCAACACAACAUGGCAAAGGGUCUCGCAAUAGGACUGGCGGUGAUAGGCGUCAUCGCUCUGGUCACCAGCACCCCGGCACAGUUUGAUGAAAUGAUUAAGGUGACUACCAUCAUCUAUGGUCUGGCCAACUUCUCGGACUAUGGCUGCCAUUGUGGUGACAACAUCCUAGGAAGGCCUGUGGAUCCCGUUGACUGGUGCUGCCAUGAACGGGCCUGCUGUCACAAUGAGGCUGAACUUAGCGGCUGUAAUCCAGUCACCCAGUCCUACCGAUUCUAUGUAGAGGAGGAGCAAAAAGUUAAAUGUAUGAAAGCUCGUGAUCGCUGUGAGAAGAUGGUCUGCGAGUGCGACGAAAAGGCCGCAAACUGUUUCCGGAAGGAGCUGGAAAGUUACAAUGUGUAUUUCCGCAAUUUCUCCGCGUUGGGGGUCUGCAGAGGGCCCAGACCUUUCUGCUAGAAGAGAAUUUAUGUAUGGAAGCCACAAUGUUCAUAUUUCAUAGUAGAGUUAGGUAGAGUAGUAACUAGAGAUGAGCGAACUUACAGUAAAUUCGAUUCGUCACGAACUUCUCGGCUCGGCAGUUAAUAACUUAU